UGGAAAUAAUUCUUUUUUCACAAAUAAAGUUUUGAGAAUAAAAAAAAUGCACCAUCCAGUUUCUACAUUAGAAAAUAUCAAUUUCAUACAAAAAGUCGUAACUCCCCUCUUUCAUAAACCUUUCGAUCGUUAUAUAUUAACUAUUAAACCUAUCAUGUUGGAAAACGUUUCAUUAGAAAUUUUUAAUAUUCAUCUUACUCAAAAAAACAGAAGAAAAAAAAAAUACGAAAAUACUUUAUUAGACAUUAACGAAACACAUGCGAUUUUAUUAAGAGAUUUAUCUUCAGAUUUUCCAAAAAGUACAAUAGAAUUUAAACCAAAAUGGUUAAAUCAAUCAAUUUUAGCGCCAAAUGGUUGGAAAUCAUGUAGAACAUGUGCUCUCAGAAGAUUUCGUGGAGAUCUUACGAUAAACGGUAUAAGAUAUUGUCCUUUAGAUUUAGCAUCAGGAAACAAAGCCAGAAUUCAGAAAUCCGUAAGAGCUAUUUUAAUAAAAAAUCAUAUAUAUAAUCAGAAUAUAGAAACAAAUUUAAGCCUUUAUUUUCAACAAUCACAGCUAAUUGAUCAUUUAAAAUAUUUGCAAACAAAUUCUUCUAGGACAUUAAGCAUGACUUUUUGUGAUUGUACAAUUUAUGUUAUUUUUUUACAUGAGGAAAUUUUCGAUAUAAAAAUAUUGGAUUUAGAUUGUAAGCCGGAAACAAAAGCCGAAUAUUGGGAUAAAAUGGAAGGGCAGCUAAUCGACGAAAAUUGGUAUUUGGGACGAGGAAUGAUUGAUAAUGAAGAACCCUGUAGACUUUAAUUUUUUGGAAACAACUAAUAUAUUUAUUAAAGUAUUUUUAA